AUGGCCCAGCGGAUGGUAUUCUGCAGCGUUUCGGCUGCUGUUCGUUACCUCGGGGAUGCUCUGCAGACCGCCUUUUGGUUGCUCAAGAAGCCGCUGGGUGGCGUCAUCUUUGUAAUGGCCCUAGCAAUCCUCUGUAAUUAUGUUGCUGGGAAGAUCAGUGGCAUGCUUUCCCCCCUCUGCUUCAUUCCGGCCAUCUCAUCUACCAUGUUCUGCGUCGGUCGUACAUCAUUCUCGCCCAUCAUGGACAAGGCGCCACAAUCAGGGGACCUUGUCAAGUUGAUCGAGCUGCAUGGUGAUUUCGGGAACCUCUUGGACACGAACGUGGACACAGCCAAGAUACGCACGAAACUCAGGCAGUCGGAAGUUGCGACCCACGACCUGGUCGCGCACGUGCGCGCCAGUGACCUGCGCAGCCAUGAUAUACUCGCGGAAGCUUUGAUGCACUUCGUGGAGGAUGCAAAGAGGACAGGAGAUGGAUUAUAUAGACUGAGCACAAGAAUUAGCGGCGCAGUAGAUCGCAUCACGGUCGUGAACAACAAUGCUAUGAACACACUAUCCGCCGUGACGGUGAACGAUAGCCCACCGUCGUGGAUCACUACCGCCUUUUCGUCUCGCUCCGGCACUCAGGAGGCAGUCAUUAUCCGCUCAUACGCAGAUGUGAUGGAAACAUUGGCACAGGAGACAGAGCAGGCGCUUCUCGAGGCAUCUGCCAGCGUUGCAAACCUCGAAAGACUCCAAGAACGCCUUUACAAGAUCCAAGAAAUCUGCGUGAGAGAGGGUCUGUCACAGAGUGAUGCACACUCGAAGCUGCUUUCCGAGAUAUGGUCCAUUCUCGGCGGAAACCGCGAUGCGCUGCGCAAGACUAAGGAGCGUCUUUCCCUCCUUGCGGACGUCGACCACUAUCGGAAGCAGGCUAUUAAUCACGUUGUCUGGACGCGCGACGUGCUCCUGGAGGUGGCAGCGGAUGUGGAGGAGCUGCGGGACCGUGCCGCCGCGCCUCAGAUUGUCGGUGAGCGGGUGCCGGCGUUGCUUUUAAUCCAAAGCAUUGGUCGAAGUAUUGAGAGGCUGAAGGAAGGGCGUCAGAGAGCGGGAGACAAAUUACUGGUGUCGUCCAACGAUCACUACGGCGGCCACAGAGAUUGA